AUGACGGCUUCAGACGCUGAUCUGAUUGUUGUGCAUCAGAUUUGGGCUAAGGUUGAUCCUUACACCGAGAACGAAGCGUUUAAAUGCAGUAACGCUGAUGUUUUCAAGUGGAAACAUCUGGGGAAUAUUCUUGCUGAGAAGUUUGGGUUCGAGGAGAAUGUGGGGUAUGUGGAGAUGAUGAAAGGGAAAUAG